UUCGCUCAACCGUUUCCAUUUGCCUUCUCAAAGCAUCUGGCUGCUGCACCUUCAAGCAGUUACAUAUGCACUAGUACUCACUAGCAGAACAGGACUGGCAGCAUACGCCGUACGCAACUGGUGCCCUCUAAAUUGCCUUGACUAACUCACCGCUUGUCUCGGCGUCACCGCAAUCACCCGCACCGCCCACACUCGUCCAACCCGCCAACCAUUUUGUGUUCGGUCCACUUGCACCUAGAGCCAUCGCAUAUUUAGGCAGCCAACCCCAGAGGAAACGCUUUACUCAGUCAGCAUCAACGCUCCGGGUCGCAUGAAAGGAAACCUUUACCGUUCGAUAUAACGCGGAACGUCCCAAGACUCGCCGCUACCGCUCACUCAGAAUCGCGACAAAUUAGGGACAGACAGUCAAUAUGGUUUUAGCCGACCUAGGAAAGAAGAUCAACAAUGCUCUUCGGUCACUGACGUCCGAGUCAGUCAUCGACGAGAAAGUAUUAGAUCAGAUCCUUCGAGAAGUGUGCGCGGCACUACUAGAAUCCGACGUCAACGUCCGUCUCGUGCAAAACCUGCGCAAAAACAUCAAACAGAUCGUCAACCUAGAAGAGCUGGGCUCGGGAGUCAACAAACGGCGGAUAAUACAGAAAGCCAUCUUUGACGAACUAUGUCGCUUGGUGGAUCCGGGCGUCGAGCCUUACAAACCGAAGAAGGGGAAGGCGAACAUCAUCAUGUUUGUAGGGUUGCAGGGAGCCGGAAAAACGACGACAUGUACGAAACUGGCGUUCCAUUACCAGCGGAAAGGUUGGAAGACGGCGCUGAUUGCGGCAGACACGUACCGUGCCGGUGCUUUCGACCAGCUGAAACAGAAUGCCACCAAGGCAAAGAUCCCGUACUACGGAAGUUACACGGAGACGGAUCCCGCGGUGGUUGCAGCCGACGGUAUCGAGAAAUUUAAAAAGGAAGGUUUCGAGAUCAUUAUCGUCGACACGUCGGGGAGGCAUAAGCAGGAAGCCGCCCUUUUCGAGGAGAUGAUGCAGAUCGCCGAGGCGGCGAAUCCUGAUCAUUACAUCUUUGUCAUGGACGGAACGAUUGGGCAGGCCGCGGAGCUGCAGGCGAAAGCGUUCAAGGACGCUGUCCCGAUUGGAUCAAUUAUCGUGACGAAGUUGGAUGGACAUGCUAAGGGAGGAGGUGCCAUUUCGGCUGUGGCUGCGACGGGGAGUCCGAUCAUCUUUAUCGGAACAGGAGAGCAUAUCCAUGAUUUGGACUCGUUCCGCGCGCGUCCGUUUGUCAGCAAGAUGUUAGGAAUGGGAGACCUAAGCGGCCUCAUGGAAACCGUCCAAGACCUCAACCUAAACAAAAACACCUCCAUGCUCAAAAACAUCGAACAAGGCAUCUUCACCCUCCGCGACAUGCGCGACCAAUUCAACACCAUCGCUUCCAUGGGCCCGCUCUCAAAAGUCAUGAGCAUGAUGCCCGGCGUCCCGGAGGAGAUGCUCAAGCUUGGCGACAAGGAAGGCAGCGUACGGCUGAAACGGUUCACGUGCAUGAUGGAUAGUAUGACGGAGCAGGAGCUGGAUUCGGAUGCGAAGCUGUUUUUAAACCAGCCUACGAGGAUUUAUAGGGUUGCGAAAGGGUCGGGGACGACCGUGAGGGAGGUCGAGGAGUUGUUGAUGCAGCAUAGUAAGUUCGGCGACGUUGUAAAAGCCAUGGGCGGCAACAAAGGCCUUCUCCAAUCGAUGGCCAAAGGCGGCGCGCAACCCGGCGGCCGAGGCGGUCAACCACAAGUCGCCCAGAACAAAAUGGCCGCGAUGCAAAACGCCAUGAGCAAGAUGAUGCCGCCCGAGAUGAUGCAGCAGAUGGGCGGCAUGGGCGGGAUCCAGAACAUGAUUCAGCAGAUGGGUGGCAUGGGCGGGUUGCAGAAUAUGAUGCAGGGGAUGAUGGGUGGUGGCGGUGCGGGUGGUGCAGGCGGAGGAAUGGGGGGAAUGGGCGAUAUGUUGCAGCAGAUGAUGGGGGGGAUGGGUGGGAUGGGCGCGGAUGCUGCUGGGCCGUCUGCGAGGGGUGCGAGAGGCGCGGCGGGGAGGAGGAAGAGGGGGUGAAGCGCCAUAGUCAUGGUCAGACAUUCACGCGGCACCUCAAUUGCGCUCCUUGGGCCGCCGGACACAGCCGCGGCUUCUGCCACCCACCAGGACGAAUGGGCCACGCCCGCAUCCGCCAUCGCGUCAGCUCGUAUCUAUCCCGCCGCACGCAUGUGGACCGGCCGCGCUGCAGCCCGGAGACCUCUCGCAUUCUCUUCGUGUGGGAGAACCGAUCCCAUGUGCAAUAUAGCCAUAGCCGCCGUCGUUUCCCGAAACAGAGGCAAAGGAUACAGCAGCUUCCAUUUUGCAUACCAUAUACACAUACCAUAUCCUUGGUUUGACUCCCAUCUUCAGAAUACAGUUCCGAUGCAGAUUAAGU